AUGAAUCGAAUUGGGGCUCGUGUGAAUCGCGAUCGUAUCCGAUCAGCCGGCCUUAGACGAUGGGAUGGUCGAGCAAGAAUCACAACCGAUUGGGUUGACCUCUUUCAUGAACCUGAACUCUAUUGGCUAACGGGUGAUUGUCUCGUCUAUUUGCACGAACCUGGCCAAUCCAAUCGUGAACCUGCCUUUCGAGUCCAUACCGCUUUCCUCAAAGUCAAGGGGUUUGAUUUUCUCGUCGACCGCUGCGUGGUCGGAAAAUCGGUCCACGCAGCAACGCAAUGUAUCCUGCCGAAUUAUCCAGGUUGCAACCCUCAGGAGGCCCUUCAGGAACUCUACCUCCCAGCUCCGUAUGACGCAGGUCUCGAAGACACCUUUAACUAUCACGUCACAACCCGGAACUUCUUUGCCUGGCUCUACAAUCGACCACUGGCUGGUAGAACGUUGGGGAAGGCUUUGGUGGAGCUCCAAGGAAGAAUUGAUCUCUAUCGGCCCGACGUUACCUCACAGAAUACGAUCGAAGUGGCGUAUUACGCUGAAAAUCAGAGAUAUCUCGACUUCCGGGAGUGUGUUGAUCACGCUCUGGCAGCACUCUACUUCGCGGAAAAUUUCCAAAUUGAGGACCUUUGGGUGGACGCCUUUGCCCACUGCGUGGGCAUGAGCCACCGUGGCCUCCACUCAAGCAUCGAAUAUGCACCGGUAGCCGCCAAGUCCAAGACUCUUAUCAGCCGAGCUCGCCUCCAAAUGGACCUUAGACUUGACCGGGUGAACCAGUCUGUCGUUAAUUUCUUUGAGCACGAGGUGUCUGGGAGUUUCCUCGAACUGCCGCAGCCAGCGAGGCAUCAUCUCGACAGGUUCCGCUCCUUUCUCAGAACAUUCUACACCUACCAAUACGGCUGCUGGCCGCCUAAUGACUUCGAGGAGGAGACCAUUCAACAGACGAUACGCUCCACUAUGUUCACUGACUUCCAGAACCUCUAUCAGUACCUAGUAGAUCCAGAGUCUUCCACCAGCUUAGCCGAAAACGACAUCACCCAGACUGGUGGCGUAUGUACACUACAAAAUAUCCAGGCUUUUGACUGUAAGCAUCAGUACGAGCCUCUUGCGCAUCCCCUUCCUCUGCUGCCAAAGGCUCCGGAAUCUAGCAUGAGUCGGCGUCCAUGGAUUCGACGACAAACGACCUGGAAUCUCAUCUCAAAGCGGAAAGUGAAUGAGAAGGCCCGAAAAGUACAUGAUAAACAAGCUUUGGUCGCUGCCUCCAAUCGAGAUUGGGUGAUGAACUGCCCCCUGGUCAGGAAAUUCUCUGAUUUUGAAGAAAGGGCGGUCGAUGAUAACCUCGAAGGUCUCUCGGUUGUCGAAGGGAGGAAGGUCAGGUGGAUGUUGAUUUAUGCCAUCCUUCAGACCUUCCGUUCCAUGGCACAACCACCCAAGCAAGUUCGCAACACUUCCAAUCUAUCAUAUUCACUUUGUUGUUAUCCUCCAAAGCGAAUGCCGUGGCUGGGCGUCUCAUUGGCAAAUGUCCAUACCGUUCAUCGUACAUCGUCUCGGUUGGCUCCUGACGCAGGUUAUUCUCAUAUCAACGGAUCAUCUUCUUCUAUUGGCGAGACUUCAUCAGGAAGAUCAGCCAAAGCUCGUCAUCGAACACCAUCCGCUCACCUCCCUAGUUCAUUGGUCGCAUUCUUAUCAAGCAAGACACCAUCAGGUUCUCAUUCCUCACUCAAGAGCCUUGCAUCUCGGGAACAGUUAGCUAUGCCACGUAAGCGGUCUUCCUUCUGCGAAAUCUACGUCAAAGACUAUGGAAAUGGACUCAAUGAAGUCGAUCGUGGAGUCACUGCCUCCACUGACGCCGGACUCAGAGUAGAUCCAGAAGCAGGAGAAAGUCUUACCGAAGAUGAUUCAAAAGAGCCACAAGAACUCCUGAGCGACUCGGUGUACGAAUUGGCGACUCAUGAGACCCAUGCCGCACCUCUAUUGCCGCCAUCUGACGAUUUGCUCACCACGCCACCGUCGAACUCUCGAGAAUCCUCUAGUAUCUGCGUCGGCAGCAUUACCUGGUUAAAGAGUAGCGAGAAGAGCGAGAAGAGCGAUUCGACCCCUACCACGCCGGCCAGCGAUACGGUUUACACACUCGGGCAGACUUGCAGCCUACCAAUAUCACAAACCUCCCAAUAG